AUGACGAAAUUCAGGAAGCUUAAUCGACCUACAGGUCAUCGGAUGUCUAUGCUAAGGACAAUGGUAUCACAGUUGGUGAAGCAUGAGCGCAUUGAAACCACUGUUGCUAAGGCAAAGGAAGUCCGAAGACUAGCUGAUAAUAUGGUACAGCUUGGGAAAGAGGGUACUCUCUGCGCUGCAAGGCGUGCUGCUGCCUUUGUACGUGGUGAUGAUGUCCUUCACAAGUUAUUCACGGAAUUGGCUUAUCGAUACAAAGAGAGAGCUGGUGGAUACACGAGAUUACUUCGAACUAGAAUUCGAGUUGGUGAUGCUGCACCAAUGGCUUAUAUUGAAUUUAUAGAUAGAGAAAAUGAACUUAGACAAUCUAAACCACCAACUCCACAACCUCCUCAGAGGGCUCCCCUGGAUCCCUGGACAAGAUCUCGACUUACCAGACAAUUAGCACCACCUAAAGAAGAGAAAAGCUCCGGAGCUGAGAAUUAA